AUGGUUGUGCCAGGCAUGACAGCUCGCGUGCUCUUUGCAGACACAGUUACUUGUGGAUCUGCUCCGCUUUGCUCCGAAAUCUGUGGCAAGGCUGUGGGAUGCUCGGACAUUGCCUAUCCCUCCUUGGUUUUGAAUGUCCUACCGUCGGGAGCCAGGGGGCUCAUGCUGGCCGUCAUGAUGGCAUCGUUGGUCUCCAGUUUGACUAGCAUUUUCAAUUCGGCCUCCACGAUUUUCACUGUUGACAUAUGGCGAUUAAUUCGGCCUCACAGCCGUGACGCUGAAAUUAUGAUUGUCGGCAGGGUUUGUGUCAUCAUUUUGGUGGGAAUCGGCAUAGCUUGGAUACCGAUUGUUCAGUUGAGUGACGAGUUGUUUGACUACGUCCAGUCAGUCACCGGCUACCUCGCACCGCCUAUUUGCGCCGUCUACGUUUUAGCCAUAUUCUGGAAACGAACCAAUGAGAAUGGAUGUUUUGCAGCUCUGAUUGUUGGUCUGGUGAUGGGAGUGGGUCGUUUUGGAUGGGAAUUGGCUUACGCGAAGGUGCCCUGCGGAGAUACUCCCAUAGAUCCACCACACUUUCUGCUCAAAGUUCACUACCUCCAUUUCUCUAUCCUCCUCUUCGUUAUUCCUUUCGUCGUAGCUGUCUGUGUUAGCCUUGUGACUGCACCUCUGCCGACAUCUUAUACUCGUCGUCUUGUCUUCUCUGAAAUACACACUCCUUUUGAUCCCAAUUUGGACGGACCUAAACUCACGAUUGUCUCAGAUGAGGCGAAACAGGAGUGGCUGGAAGAAGAGGCGAAAAUGAAGAAACCGGAACUAUCGGCAUGGCGAAAAGUCCUGAAUUGGUUCUGUGGAAUUGAGUCGAUGCAGGACACCAGAGAGCCAGUCUUUACAUUGGAUGAGGCGAAGAAGUGCAUGCAGGAGGCAGAGCGUCAGAGUAGUAUUGAGGAGAGUACAAAAGGUCGAAUCAUCACCUCCAUUGGCAUCACUCUCAUGCUUUCUCUCACCAUCUUCAUUUGUGGCUUCUUUGCAUAA